GGGAGCGGAUCGAGGGAGGGGAAGAGGCGCGUUCAGGGCGGUGAAUUGGCCCAGCCAAGCAGGGGGCAGCGCUCGGCUCGGGGGCGUUUCUCUGGGUCAGGCUGACUCUGGGGAGCUGCAGCUGAUCGGCUGCAGGAGGGCGGGGUUGGGCUGGGGAGCAAAGAGCCGGGUGCUGGCAGCACCUUCCAGCGUCACCCCCCAGCUCAGCUCUGGCCUGUCCCCGGGGAGCUUGGCAGGUUGGCACCUUGGGUGACUGAUCGCCCAGAGGUGUCCUGUGCUCAUCUGGCUAUCGGUGCUUUGUAUCCCAGGCCAGGAAUACAAACUAUAGAUCUGAACUGAGCGGCGCGUCUGUGAAGGAACACAGAUGUCACUCCAGCGUUCGCUUCCAAACCUGCUGUUCCAGCCCUGCCUCUCUGGGGUAGCAGCCAAGUUGAAGGCCUUAAAAUCUAUGAAGGAGGAGUGGGGACUGUUGCAUUUGGCACAUGGUGGAGACACAGCAGUCUCGGUGCUGAUUGUCCAGAAAAUGGCAGAAGAGAGUGCUGAAGAGGCAAGCGAUACCAGUGGAGGGGUGAAUGUCUCAUUUCUGCCGGAUCACGGACCAGUAGCAGAAAGGAGAAGAGAAGUCGAUUUCAGCCUAAAAUGCAUUAAAGAUAAACGGGUCCCAAUUACCGUUACUGUCAUCAUUACAGCUUUGAUCAUCACCGUAAUUGCACUGGCGGCCAGGAAGCCUCCCCGCUGCCCACGCAGCCCACCCCACGUCACUGCUGCGUGCCCGGAUGGCUGGGUGGGAUACCAAGGGAAAUGCUUCUACUUCUCAGAGACUGAAGAGAACUGGAGCGCCAGCCAGAGCCACUGCUCUGCCCUCAACGCCUUCCUGGCUUCCAUUGAUUCCCUGCCGGAGCUGGAUUUCAUGCUGCACUAUAAAGGGAUCCCUUACCGCUGGAUUGGCCUCCAGAGGGAACAAGGCGAGGGCCAGCCCUGGAAGUGGACCAAUGGUUUCAGGUCAGAGGGGAAGGGCAGUGCGCCUACCUGGAUGAAAAUGGAGUCAGCAGCUCCAGGUGCUACUCAGAGAGACAUUUCAUCUGCAAGCGGCCGGAUGAGUGCUCUGGAAGGAAGCCAAGCGCUGCAGAAGGGGACACAAUGUCUAAGAUCACUUAAAGGGUCAAUGCAGCCUCUUCAGUGGAUGCAGAACUUAACUUACACAUUCAUCAUCUCUUGUGCAGCAUCCUACCUCUGCACCCAUUGCUCCCUCCAGAUCCCGGCUGAAAAACCAUCUUUACAACGCUCACUUCACUAACUCUACUGCACAAUAACUCCAUACAUCUCCCAAAGCCAUAUCUUUAAGUAUCAAAGAUUACAAAUUGUAAGUAAUAGGAAGGAAAUGUGUUAGAUUAGCUUUUGUUGUAGCUCGUGAAUUCCCUUGCAGACUUAAAUACUCUGUCCUGAGGCAGAGGAAAAAGAAAAAACUCCAGCUGCUCUCACCUUUUUCUUUUUUUUUUUUUAAAAAGUGUCCUUUUAAAAGAAACAAAACCUCCCUGGUUUUCAAUCAGCCAAAAGAAAAAAAAAAGUCCAUUUAAUAUCUGGAGGUCUGGGCUUCUGGUUCAAAAUGAUCCUACCACUCUGCCAUCAUGUCAGGGUUCCCGCCGCACUCUGAACUCUGGGGUACAGAUGUGGGGACCCGCAUGAAAGACCCCCUAAGCUUAUUUCUACCAUCUUAAACUUUCCUAAGGCACAAAUCCUUCCUUGUCCUCGGAUGAGUACUGCUGCCACCACCGAGUGAGUUAGACAAAGACUGAAGGAAAAGGACCACUUCAAGUUCCUGUUUCCCCAAAAUAUCCCCCCAAGCCUGUUCACCCCCUUUCCUGGGGAGGCUUGAGAAUAAUAUACCAACCAAAUGGGUUACCAAAGUGGGCACAGACCAGCACUUCAGUUUUUAGAACACUAAAAACCAAUCAGGUUCUUAAAAGCAAAACUUUAUUAUAAAGAAAAAA